AAAACCGAGCUCAUACAUACGAAUGCGAAAUCACGUUAUCAUAUAGCUUUGUUCGUAUUACCAUCCAUUGUAAUAGAUGCUCGGACAUAUUUCACUUUUUAUGACAUUGAAAAAUUUUUAGGCAAUGUUUUUAUCUUCAUAAAUAACACAUUUUGUUAAAUUUUAACACGCGUUACCACAUAACUGUACGCAAUGAUCGUACUGUACGUCGUCCUAUGUUUUAGUAUACGAGCCUAUCGAGCUACCCCUUUGUACCUGGAAAUUCAUCAUCGAGAUCCACUAACUGGGGAUAUCCUAAGCACUACUGAGAUGGAAAUCGAAAAUGAUAUAAAUCACGACGAGAAAGAUAUCCAGCCACAAAUUCAUAGUUCGUCAGAAGAAGAAAUAAAUCCGGUAGCGUUAGAAUACUAUUACGGUUGUUCGAUGCCUCUUCCACCACCAAUAGAAAGAUCAAAUUUUGAUAAAGAAGUCGAAUCUAUACCUAUUUCAUCUGCUGUGAUAGAAAACUCGAAUACGAGUUAUAACGUAAGAGAACCAAAUUCAGCAACGGAUUCAGUAGUGGAUACGACUAUAGGAGGAGUGAACGGAUUAGUUUUACAAUUAAUGAGUUUAGGAUUUCGUGCAUUUAAUAGAUUCGUUUAAUAAAUAUAGUGUUUUUUUCUAA